GUGUGUACCGGGGACGUGUGGGCUGGGUCUGGAUGGAUGGAUAUUCUGUUUUUUUUUUUCCUCUUCAUCAGCAUCCUCUACAAGCUUGUGACAUCGCCUCUUUUCUGAGAGAUGCUCAGGGCGGAGGAGACGCUGCGGUCAUCGGGGGGUGAUGAAAGCGGUUCACAUGAGGCGUGGCUGACUUGUUUGCCUGCCUUCACUAAAUAAAAUGGGAGUUGCCGCACCUGUACGGAGAAGAGAAAUUAUGUGGACUCAGCGCGAGAUAAUGGCUUUUUUAACGCGGUGAGGGGAUGUUAGCUUUUUUUUUUUAAGCUAAAAUGUCCAAAACCAAACAUUGUGAGGCGGUCAGGGUAGUGGUCCGCUGCCGGCCGUUCAGCAGGAGAGAAGAGAUAGCGGGGUCUGAAAACAUUUUAGAGAUUGAUGACAAACUGGGGCAGAUCACCAUCAGGAACCCGAAGGCACCACCUGAUGAGCCAAUGAAAGUAUUCACGUUUGAUUCUGUUUACGGAUGGAAUUCAAAGCAAAGCGACAUUUAUGACGAUGCGGUGAGACCUUUGGUGGAGUCCGUGCUCCAAGGCUUCAACGGGACUAUAUUUGCUUACGGACAAACUGGGACAGGUAAAACCCACACCAUGCAAGGGGUUUCAAACGACCCAGAGAGGAGAGGUGUCAUACCUAAUUCAUUUCAGCACAUUUUCACCCAAAUAUCCAGAACCCAGAAUCAGAAAUACCUGGUGAGGUCAUCCUAUCUCGAGAUCUACCAGGAGGAAAUCCGAGACCUGCUGUGCAAAGAUAACAACAGGAAACUGGAACUUAAAGAAAGCCCAGACUUUGGUGUGUAUGUUAAAGACCUGUCUUCAGUGGUGACCAAGAAUGCCACAGAGAUUGAACAUGUGAUGAACAUAGGCAACCAGUCCAGGUCUGUGGGGUUCACCAACAUGAAUGAACGCAGCUCUAGGUCUCAUGCAAUUUUUGUCAUCACUGUGGAGUGCAGUGAAGUAGGGCCAGACGGUGAGGACCACAUCCGAGUUGGGAAGCUGAACAUGGUUGACCUGGCUGGCAGCGAGCGCCAGAGCAAGACAGGCGCCAAGGGGAAGCGUCUGAAGGAAGCUGCCAAAAUCAACCUGUCCCUUUCUGCGCUGGGGAAUGUCAUUUCAGCUCUGGUGGAUGGGAAGAGCACCCAUGUCCCGUACAGAGACUCCAAACUGACCCGCUUGCUCCAGGACUCCCUGGGUGGCAAUGCAAAGACUGUCAUGAUAGCAACAGUGGGGCCUUCGCACAAGAAUUUUGAUGAAUCCCUGGCCACGCUGAGAUACUCCAGCAGAGCCAAGAAAAUAAAGAACAAACCACGGAUUAAUGAGGACCCCAAAGAUGCCCUGCUGAGGGAGUUUCAGGAGGAGAUCGCACGCUUGAAAGCUCAGCUAGAGGAGCGGGGGAUGCUCGCAAAAGAGAGAAGAAGGAGGAGGAAUAGCAAAAGAUUGAGUAAAAGUUUGGCUGGCAUGGAGGAGGACGUCCUUAGAGAGAGGGAUGCUGAUGUGUGGAAGACUGUUGAAGAGGAAUCAGAUGUGAACAUGAAAGAUGGAGGUGACAUCCCAAUAGUCUUGGCUUGCCAGGGAAGCAGUGAAAAGCUAAAGCACCUGAAUGAAAACAGAAGAAGCGUGGAGGACAUGCAGUGGGAUCAAGAUUCUGUGGAGAAGAUCAUAGAGAAAUAUAAGGCCAUGGAGAGCAAACUGUUAGUUGGGGGAAAGACUAUAAUCGAUCACACCAAUGAACAACAAAAAAUGCUUGAGCAGAAGAAACAAGAAAUUGCAGAACAGAUAAGACAAGAGCGAGAGAUCCAACAGCAGAUGAUGCUGCAGGAUGAGGAGACCUUGGAAAUGAAAGAAACAUACUCCUCCCUGCAGCAGGAGAUCGAACUUAAGACAAAGAAGCUGAAAAGAUUGUGUAACAAACUACAGGUACUGAAGAGAGAGAUGAAAGAAAUCAUUGACGAACACAUCACAACAAGACAGGAACUUGAACAGACGCAGAAUGAGCUCACCCGAGAGCUCAAGUACAAAUAUCUCUUGAUUGAGAAUUUUAUACCUCCCGAGGAAAAGAACAAAAUUAUAAAUAGGCUGUACUUUGACAGCGAGGAGGACCAGUGGAGACUCCGACCAGUUAUUCCAUCAGAGAGUACACCCACUCAGGUCAGGAGAAGGCCUCUCUCAGCUUUGGGUUACAAGAGGCCAGUCAGCCAAUAUGCACAGAUGGCUGUUGCCACAGCUACUGGGGCCCCAUCUCGAUACCAGGCUGAGAACAUCAUGCUUUUGGAGUUAGACAUGUCUCCCCCAACCAUGUUCACGUUAAAUCUUGAUGGUACUCACCUGGAGAGAGCCUUUACACCGAGGCUAAUACACGAUCCCCUGGCAAAUGUUUUCUUUAGAGAAAGGACUGCAUCACCAAGGGUCAGGAAAUCUAAGUCCUGGUAUCAGGCACCACAAGCAGCAUCUGUCACAUCAUCUUCUUCGUCCACCACUCUGACAUCAGAACUUCAGAACUUCUCUCCGUCUCAGCGACAAAGACCUUCCUCAGCUGCCUAUCUUCCACUGGGAAGUCCAACUCAGACAAGCCCCUGAUUUAUGUCGAUUACACCUGUACUGUAGGGCCGGCCUUAAUUAAUGGUGGCACCAGUAACGUCUGGGAGA